UCCCCGUUCUGCGGGCUUAAUCUUUUUGUGCCCCACCUGGUACCUGGUAUGCUGAAACAGAAACAACGCACUUCCAGCGAAAAAGACACAACAAUCGCCAACGGUUAAGACAAUGAUGGUGUAAUAGUGAACGGCAUCAGCAAAUAGUUAAAAGAAGAGCAUUCCUUCCUUUGUUUUAAAGCUUGGUCUAUGUUUAAUCUGUGGCCUUGCUUUGACAAAAACCGGCAGUUCCUCCGGUAGAACGGUCCUUCGGGCUUUUUUAUUGCGUCAUUGCGACAACGUCAACAUUUGGAGAUCACCAUGUCCACUCUAGAGCAGCUGGCCGUGUCCCUUGGCUUUGGAGCGAGUGUCCUUGCAGGAACCUUGCUUCUUUUUGGUGGUGCGUUAGCACUGCGUAUCACGCAUAUAGCUCCUCGCUGCGAAGCCAGACCAAGGAAUGUCAUUUACAACCCAGAUACCAACUGCGAUGAAUGCCAAAGAAAAGGCAAUCCCUUUCUGCUCGGGUGGCUAUUUUGGUCUCUUCGAUUGAGCUAUAAGACCAUGAUUGAGGGCAUUCCUGGAACAGGCACGAGGAACGACGGCUUAUCCGGGCAUUUGCUGACUGUGAACCUUGAUGGAAUACUGUUGCUGCGGUUUCAUGCCCUCGGAUUGAGAAUUGCCUCCUUUGCUUCCUUUAUCUACUGCGUCAUUGCCCUUCCCCUUUACGUCACGUCGCGUUGCUUCCACAAUCCAUUUCAAAACACCACUGAGCUUUCUCUCAAUUGUACCGAUGAAGACACUUACAAUUUGACGAGUUACGAUCGACUCACUCUGACAAAUGUUCCGCCAGUGAACGAAGCCACCGCCUUUGAAGCCUCCCAGGUGGGAGUAUAUGUCCGCCUUUACAUCAUUGUCCUCUGCAGCUAUGUUGUGUGCUGGUUCACUUGCUACGAGUUGCACAAAGAAUGGAUCGACCUCUUGGCCAUGAGGCGCGUAUAUUACUUGGAAUAUGAUCACUGGCAAGGCCGAAGAGAGGAACUCAAGGCAACCAUGGCUGAUGUGGAUCAGUCGAAGCACCACAACUCUCAGAAUCCACACCUUCAUGAAAGGGAAGUCUGGAUCCCGCAUCCUGAACAGCGAGAUACACCGCCAAACAUUGGAUUGUAUUCCGUGCUUGUUGGAAAUCUACCAAAGCGACCACGGCAUUGGGUGUCUGAAGAGGACCUCGAGGCAUCCAUGUCUGAAAAGGUAGCCUUGGAUUGGCAGCUGGCCGUGACUUCAGCAUUCUUUGAUUACUGUGUUCCGAACCAACCGGGCUUUUCCAGUAGCGUAGCAGCCGUCACGAUACUCCCAUCGGCGGACGAUUUGGCGACUGCUUGGAAAAAGUGGUAUGGGGCAACGAAAAAGCUACAGCGCCUGCGUUUCAUUCGACGGCAGUUGCGUAAACGGGGAUACCAAGGGGAGAGUAGCAACAUGAAUCUACACGAAACGAACGGCAGCGUCGAGGGGGGUGCUCAAUCGCCGCCACCAACUGCUAGUUCUGACUCACAAGACAAUUAUGACAAUGAUGAUGACUUUGAUAUCUACCUCCAGACGUCGACUCGUCGAGACGAUUACAUCCGUGAAAUCUUGGGUUGCAUAACAGAUGAAAAAGUGGAGCGUAUGUUCCUUGACACCUUGCAGAUGGGUCCAGAGCAAACCGCGGUGUACAGUGUCGAGCUUGCAAAAGGAUCUUCUAGAUGCUGUCCUCAUGGAUUUUGCGAAGAACGAAUACUAUGCAGCAGCAUAGAUCAACUGGUACAGCUACAAGCCGAAGCUGUGCAGCAGGCUCACGAUGCUUUCUUGGAGUUAGAGGUGACCCGAAAGGAGGCUGCCGAAGCAGUGUUUGAAACAGCAGAAGAAGCCAAGUGUACAUUCUUGUUUCAAGACGAUAAAGGUCGGGAACUUGGCGCAGCGAGUAGCCAUAGGAGUGGUGACAUGGAGUCGAGGCUGUUUGGAAUUGGGCAAGCAGCGUUGGAAAUGGCGUCAAACAAACAAAAAAGAGAAAAACAGGAGUUUCAAACUCAGUAUUCCAGAGGAGAGCCACUACGCCAACAACAAUCAUCUCAGGGAGAGCAGAGCCACCCCAGUGAAGGAGAAAUCAAAGGCGAGUCUCAGUCGCCUAGUCGACCCGACCAUACCCUUUCUGGAAGCGAAAGCAGAGGGCCGAAUGGUGGGACCUAUAAAGGAGAAGGGUUACCAGCACGAGAAAAGCCGCUCAUGAAUCUUGAAGGCGCUUGCCAUUUCCCGAGCUUGCUACAGAUCCCCAUCAUCACAGAUGGGGAUGGGAAUGGCUCAAAUAAUGUGACGUCGUUUCGGGCUUCGGAAGAAGACUCGUGGGAUUUGGUGAAGCGGGUGGCAGCGGAAAGCGAGACGGGAGCCGAUAGAACCGGGGACAUCAUGUUUCGUCACCAAGUAUCGGACGGAGUUUGGAAUCGGCCUUCCUUGAAACUAUGGUGGAAGGACUUCAAAGAGCAAGCUUCCAGCAUGAUUGGGUGGACGGCAACCACUAGCGAUCUAGCAACGGAUCUUCUGGCAAGAGAUAGCCAGUUCGCGGUGGUGACAUUCACCUCUAGGCAAGCAGCCAUUGCAGCACGACGCUGUCUUGCAGAUGGCAGAGGUGCGGGUAGAUGGAAGACUUUCGACGAUUUACCCAUGUUUCCCCUAGCAGAUGCGUCUGCGUUCAACAUUUGUGAUUGCAGAGGGUGCAUGAGGCCGGUAACAAUCUCCCUCAACGACCACCAAAAGAUAUGGCGAGGCUACUGUGCGAAGGUGUCUCUUGCCAUUAUCUAUGUAUUCUACACUUUCCCCAUCACUUGGGCAGCGACGUUUGGGAGCGAAAAAGCUUCAGGUUUGCUCCCUAACCAACAGUAUUCUGCAACUGAGCUCUACGGCUUGAUUCGUGGGCAACUCUUGAACCUUUUCCUGGCGCUGUGUCCACACAUGUUCCUUGCCAUCGCCAACUUCGGAUCAGGCGCAACAAGCAUGGUUCAAGCAGAAUUCUCAGCUCUUCAGUACUAUUGGUGGUUUUUCCUGUUGUUUGCACUUCUUGGGAGCUCAAUCGCACAGAUGGUGGAAAGAAGCUUUCUUGAAGGAUCAUUUCAAUUCGCAGAGACACUACAAAGAGUCGCCGCGACUAUUCCUAGUCAGGUUUCAUCAAUAUGGGCCAACUGGACUAUAUUGAAGGCUACAGUCUUCCACCCUCUGUUUUAUCUCCUGCAGCUUCACUCUUUCUUGUUCGCAGCUUUUGGUCUCAAAUGUUGCCUGCGUCUUGUUCGUGGUGGUGGUGCCGGGAACAGGGUCCCGUACAGGUGGUAUGUUGAGUCUGGGAUGGUGCUGAUGUUUGUUCUCGCCCUUGCCCCGGCGGCGCCGAUCGUGGCACCAAUUGCAGUGAUGUACUUCCUUAUCUGCAAUCCGUUGUUGAGGCAUAUCCUUAUCUUCACCUACAAGCCACAAUUCGACGCCGGUGCUAUACGCUUUCCUUUCUUGUUUGAUAUGUGCAUUAGCAGCAUGAUAGUGAGCCAAGUGCUCCUUUGUAUGAUGAUGGUUCUGAAAGGAGCCGUCGGUCCGGCUGUCAUUGCAGGCCUGCUCUGCGUUCCUACACUAGUGUUCAGAAGGACAUGCCGCAGACGAUUCCUUAGUGCCUACAAGGACGCAGCUCUUCUCCAAACUUCCCUCUUGGAUGGUUGGGAAGCACCAGACGAUUCGAUGUCGAGAACAACGCAGGGACGGGAAGAGUUCCGUCGUUUUUUGGUGGAUUGCCAUAAAGCCUCGUAUGUCCCCGUCUGCGUCGCGGGAACCAACACUGACAAGAUUCUGACCGCAGAGCCCGCCAUGGUGAUUCCGGCACCUACUGACAUCGACAACAGAACCUUUUCUAGAACUGAUCUACAGUACUACAACACGAUGGAAACAUCGUCACCCACGUCUACUGCCAGGUCGCAGCGCAUCGAAACAUUCCAGAAAGGCCACCGCCAGGCUGGCGCCUUGCUGCGACGGAAUCUGGCGGGGUCCACGGCUGGAGCCGCGGCAAUUGACAUUGCGGUGUCAGCAACAUCCCCUGACAAAAGCCAGAGAAGUGAAAGUGCUGGUAGUCAAACUGUCAAGCUCUCAUCUCUAGGCUUGAUUGAAGUGGACGACGACGGGGAAACCCAUAUUACCGAGAAGAAGGAAAAGAAAAUAUCAUGAUUUGAGUACGACGAAGUAAUUCUAGCUACUAGUCUUGCUUUGGCUAGCUAGCUAGAACAGUAGCCAUGCAUUUUCUUGGAUCCAAAGUACUAAAAAGAUACACACAGAAAACCGUUCUUUAAGAUGCUUUUCACUCGUCACUCUUACAGUCUGCUUAUUGCUUGAAACUCGCACUUUUGCACAACAGCUGCCUUCUGUUUCGGGAGAACAUCAAUAUCGACGAUCAGGAUUUCAUUUUCACACACCUCCACUACAUCAUCAUAAAGUUCACAUUAAUCAAGCAACCAAAAUUUUCCUUGUUCACACCGUAAGUCCUCAAGGGCAUGCAUGGAAUUGGCAGUUGUGGUCUGGGUCGCGGCUGACUUCGGUACCAUCAUCACAGCGGAAGGUGUCAACGGUGCAGAGUCCAUCGGGGCAUCUUUCAAAGUCACAAUUAGGAGCUGUGCGACCAACACUCUCACCUCCAGGACAGAUUCCCAAAUCCAUUGUGCAUGCAACCAGCAUUUCUUGAGGACAUUCUUUAAAUUCACAGGAUGGCCCAGUCCUUGCAACAAAAGAUCCAUUAGGGCACUCCUUGACAUCCAUCGGGCAUGCCACAUCUGCAGUUUGCGGGCAUGAUGGAUACUCGCAACCCAAGACAGGAUCACGAACCAUCACUGUUCCAUCAUCACAUGUGUAGGUCCCCAUUGGACAGGCUCCUUCAGCACAUGCUUCAAAGUGACAGUUGGGACCUGACCUGCCAACUGGCUUUCCAUCUGGGCAGUAGGCCAGUUCCAUAGUGCAUGCAGCCAGUUGAAGAUCCUCUGGGCAUGAUUCAAAUUCACAGUUGGGUCCAGUCCUUCCAACAGAGCUGCCAUCACUGCAGGUCUUCAGCUCCAGAGUACAUGCAACUGGUGUAGAUUCUUGAUUGGUUUGGACAGGGGAAGUGCUGCAUUGAGGGUACUCACAUCCCAAAGCAGGAUCACGAACCAAUUCUGUUCCAUCAUCACAAGUGUAUGUUCCCAUUGGGCAAGCUCCUCCAGCACAUGCUUCAAAGUGGCAGUUGGGUGCUGACCUGCCGACUGGUGUUCCAUCUGGGCAGUAGGCUAGCUCCAUUGUGCAAGCAGCCAGUUGAAGAUCCUCCGGGCAUGGUUCAAAUUCACAGUUGGGUCCAG